CGGCUUGCCGCGCGGACGAGUAUGCGGGAGCCGGCAGCCCACGCCGACCGCAGAGCUCCGCCCUGGGGACGGGCGGGGGAAUUGCGUCGCGACCAGCGCCUGCUCGGUUUUGUCGCUGCUACAGCCGAUGUACGCGCGUACCCGCUCCCUGUCCGGUCCCACCCCACUCCUCUGGCACGGUCCCGACGUGUUGUAGUUCCCCUUGCACGCGCUUCGUGACACCCCCACCCGACACGUCCCACGGCCUGACUAAGGGUGCCUUGUGGCACUACUGUGUCCCCGCAUCACCAACAUCCCGACCAGGAUCCGGCCAGUCCCGGCGUCCAGGUAACCCUGCACCACUUGACGGUGCAAGUAUGUUUGUUACAGGAAAAUUUUGAAGACGCUUCAGGAGAGGAACAGGAUCCAAGUACUGACUGAAAUUAAGGAUGCAGUGGUACCAUUUGUAUGGUCAGCUGAGAAAUCUGGGAGAGCAAGAUCAGCAGAAACAGUAAAGUUAGAGCUCAAGUCAGAAGCAAAACUGGUAAGGAAAACUGAUACUCGAUGAAGUUAGAUACAAGAAAAAGAUUGGAGCAGUUAUUGAACAGGUAUAUGCCACCCCACUGGAUUUGAGAGAGACACACACAGCCCUUAAGAAUCCGGAUGAAGAAUUCUACACAGAUGGAAGCAGUUACAUGGUGCAUGGAGAGAGAAAAGCAUGGUAUGCAAUGGUGACAAUAACCAAAGAAAAAGAGGUAAGGGCAAAGAUGAUCCAGGCCUCGAAGAUAUCCACUGGAAGAAUAACUAAGAAACUAUUUAAUCAAGAGGACCAUUUUUGGAUCCUUGACUUCUUCAGUCCUGGCAAACUUUACAUGAGAAUGACGUAUCCAAGUGUUUUUCCCCUUUACAGGGGGACUUCUAAAGGCAUUGGUUGCUGUAUUGCAGAAUCACAGAAUGGUGAGGUUGGAAAGGACCUCUGGAGAUCAUCUAGUCCAACCCCCCUGCCAAGCAGGAUCACCUAGAGCACCUUGCAUAGGAUGGCAUCCAGGUGGGGUUUGAGUAUCUCCAGAGAAGAGAAUAUCUUCACAACCUGGCUGGGCAACCUGUUCCAGUGCUCUGUCACCCUCACAGUAAAGAAGCUGAGUUUGGCACCGGAAGGAUUUUAUGGACUUCUGGAUUUCCAAUACAUAUUGAGUUAACCUUUCAUCCCCUUCCAACAAGAGAGUCUUUGCUACUACGUAAGAGUUCAGAGUCUGCUAAAUAAUAGCUCAGCUGGUGUUAAUUCUAUUUGGUUUGGCCUCUGCAUUAUAUGCAUCAAAGCAAUUGGUAACAAAGAGCAUCACGGUCAGGCUUCACAACCAAGCCAGGAACUGAAAAGGCUCUGAGAAUCUCGCUACUGAACUUCUCUUGUGACUUCGCGGUAUUUCAUCACCAUGGACACACACAGCUUACUAACACCACCAUUGCUCAGAGAUCACAAUUUAGCUAUCUGCAAAUGCCGUCUAGUAAGCCAGAAUCAGCAAGCCAGAAGGAGCUAUCUGGAAACUCUGUGAAGACCCCAAAAGCAGGAAAGUAUCUGUUGUGGACUCAGCUGUCUCUCUUAUAUUGCAGUUUGCCAGAAUUUGAUACCCCACUGUGGAAUAUGGCAUCCGUGACAAAGCAGAUUAAACAAGACACCGCUGGUGCUGGGAAAAAUAAGCAAGGAGUAAGAACCAAGAAUGGAGAUAUAUACAAAGGAAUAAGCGAUAUGGAGACACUUGUCAAAGAGAGGAAGUCAUACUUGCAGAAGGAAUACAAAAUUCUUACUGAACAUAUGAACACAUACAUGGGAAAAGUGGAGUAUUUCCUGCAGGAGAAUAAACUCCUAGAAGAGGAAGCCCAACGGAAUCGGGAAGAGAGUAACAUUUACCUCUCCUAUAUAACAAAACACAGCCAGAAGUGCCAGAAUCUAAUAAUAACACUAAAUGACCAGAACCAAAUUGAUUUGUCUCAGGUCUGGAAGCAGAAAGAGAAGCUAAUCUCGCAGUACACAGAAAAAGAAAAGGAGGUAAAAACCUAUCUGAUGAAUAUGGAGGCAAAGUAUUCUCUUAUGAACAAGGAAGUUGAAGACUUGCAGCAUUUCAAAGAUCUGCAGUUAGAACAGAUUAAAAAGAUUAAAGAGUUGGAGAAGGAAUUGUUGGUCACAAAGAUCCAGCAUUCAGAACAAAUGCACAAAAUCAAGAGCAGAUUUUUGCAGGCCAAGGCUGACUGUGAAGUGGACUCUCAUCAGAAGAUCCAGGUUCUCACCAAGAGAGCAGAAGAAGCAGCAAUACAAUCUCUAAUUCAGCAUAUCAAACAAGUAAAAGCUGAGAAUUGGCAACUGCGCCAGGAGUUGCUCAGACUCGUCCAAUGCUCAAAAGUCCUUAAAGAAAUCAGAGUUCAACUGAGAGAGCAGCAGCAGCAGCUUCUUCGGGAGAACCAAUACACUCAGGAUAUGGCAUGUGUGCGUCACAGGUUACAUCAGCAUGAGGGACACGAUGCAAACUGGAAAACCUACAGCUCUGACAGCCCCUUUGGAUGUGGCCGUUAGCCUAAAGAAACAUUUCUCUUUCCUCACUCAUGACACUGUAUCACUAAACCUAGCUGGACCAUCAACUGUUAUUACAACUAGUUAAGUAACAGAGUAUACAUAAAUAACCUGAAUUGCUGACAUGUUCUGUAGGUUGAUGAAAGGAUUUAUUUACAUAGCUCAUGCUCAGCAUGCAAUCUAGAUGAGAUCUUGAAAGCAACCUCACCUUUAACUUCCAUGACAUUUAUACCAAGACAACUAGAACUGCACUCCUUUCAUUCCCCAAAAUAAACAAUGACAUUUUCUCUUUGAGAUCAGACAUCAAUUAAUAAUUUUCCACACACAAAUUAUACUCUUACACAUAGUGAGACAAACUCUAUGUUAACUUUCACUGCAAGCUACAUCUAUUGUUACCAUAAAAUGAAUUGAUGUAGGCCAGCUCCUGCUUCCAGCACUAUUUUUUCCAAAUCUUCAGCACGGCAGACUUUAUUAAUUUUAUCUUUUGUUAGUCUCCAAAAAAGAGAAAAUAAAUAAGCAAGUAACCAAAUACUUUAAACAAUAUAUGCAGUUAAGGUAUUUGACCUUCGGUCAUAACUAUCAAUAAAAUAUAUUCGUAUUAUUUAUAAAUACCUGAAGUGUGGGAGACAGAGGGAUUUGGCCAACCUCUUUUCAGUGGUUUGUGGGGAUAGGACAAGGGGCAAUGGCCACAAAAUAGAGCACAGGAAGUUCCGCACCAACAUGUGAAAGAACUUCUUCACAGUGAGGGUGACAGAGCACUGGAACAGGCUGCCCAGGGAGGUUGUGGAGUCUCCUUCUCUGAUAUUCAAGGCCCGUCUGGACGCCUACCUGGGCAACCUGCUCUAGGGAACCUGCUUUGGCAGGGGGGUUGGACCCGAUGAUCUCUUGAGGUCCCUUCCAACCCCACAAUUCUGUGAUUCUGUAUAAAUUUUUGCUUUCUUCUCAUUCUGUUAUUGCUUCAGUGUUUCACUGGAGAAGCAAAAUUCUAGUAGCCUGCUGUUACAUUCACAUUUCAAGCUGAACACUUCUGGAUUGUGAUUAUCUCAUCAGCAAUGAUAUUAGAGGUCACCCUUACUCUAAGUUUGAGUAGGCACAAAGGGAUAUUUUAUAAAUAAUCAAAACAUAGUUGAGGAUGCAAGGAAUCUCACAGGA